AUGACUCUCGUUAUGCCCCGUGGACCGAAAAUGAUUGAGGCCAUCUGCCCUGGUUGCUUCAAGUCAUUCACCAAAAUAGGCAGUAUGCACCGGCACAUAUACGAAGACCGUUGCCGCAGUCCUGUACCACGAUUCGUCAAGAAAAUCAAAGCCGAACACGGUGCCCGCGUUGCCGCUGCUGCCGCCCGUUCCGCUGCCCGUGCUGCCGCGCGAGGCGCAUCGGCCGCAACCCCGGACCCGGUCGACCCACGCCGGCCCGAGCAGAGCAGCAGCCCGUCGGACCAGGGUGAUAGCCAGCAAGAGAUAGACCAGCUUCAGCAAUCAUUUAAGGUCGAAGAUGGAACGGGUUUUGCCCAAAUGAGUGGAUUUGAACAGGUAUGCCUGUCCAUUGUGACCAAGCCCCACGACCCGCUGUACUAA